AAGCAACGUGGUUUUACUCGUUUUACUGCUUUAAGCCAUUAGUUAAUUUGUAUUGAAUAAGAUUGUUUAAAAAUGUCUAGUGACAGCGAUAGUGAAGCUACUAUGAAAAGUAAUUCGACCAAAAGUCAACCGCGUGAAAAAAAGCGUAAACGGUUGCAAGAGUACCUAGAUGAGAAGGCCGCUCGCGAAACUGCGGAACGUGCGGAACUAGAACUAAAAAGGCGGCGGAAAAGGGGCCUAAAGGAUGAUGAGGAGGGUGAAGAUGUCAGUUAUCCGGUAAUAAAUCCAAUCAAUUUUAUCAAAAACAAGGAGAUCCGGUCGAAAAAAUUUAAACGUUUGCAAGGUUCAAAGAAGAAAAAGGAGAAGGCCGCCAGAAAAUCACGAAAACUUGAAGGUGGACCGAAAUCUGCCGGACAUACAAUUGAAAGCUUAAGAGAGCAAGAUCAGUCUGCCAUUGCAAUCGUAACCGACGACGAUAAAGCAGAAGUAGCUAAUGAUCUGGACCAUGAUGAAUUCAGUAAAUAUUUUCAGAAGAGUUAUGAACCGAAAGUGUUGAUAACAUACAAUGCCACACCUCAUACUCGCACUCGACGGUUCGGAGCAGAGAUGGAAAAAAUCAUCCCUAACGCAAUGAUCCAUUCUAGAAAUAAAGCUACCUUGAAAAAAGUCUGCAAGAGUGCGAUUCGAGAGGAAUACACUGAUAUUGUGGUCAUCAACGAAAAUAAUAAGCAACCGGAAGGGCUUUUAGUGAUUCAUCUUCCGGACGGACCCACUGCACACUUCAAGGUGAGCAACUUUAAAUCGUUGAAAGAUAUGAAGAAACGAAAUUCGGUUAUCACGAGUCACCGACCGGAGGUGAUACUGACCAACUUUACCACUCGAUUGGGUCUAACGAUCGGACGUAUGCUUGGUGCGCUGUUCCACUACGAACCAGAAUUCGAAGGCCGUCGAGUGGCCACAUUUCACAACCAGCGAGAUUUUAUAUUCUUUCGCCAUCAUGUGUAUGAGUUCGAUAAAAAUGGUAAACGGGUUAAGCUGCGCGAGCUGGGACCAAGGUUUACUCUGAAACUCCGCUCACUUCAGCAGGGCUUAUUCGACGUAAAAUGUGGUGAUUACGAAUGGUUGAUUACCAACAAGCGGCACCAAAUGGAGGGCAGACGGCGAUUCUUUCUUUGAUGCGCCUUAUAUUUUGCUUCAGUUUAAAUAGAGUUGUAAGU